CUCUCGCUCUCUCUCUCUCUCGCUCUCUCUCGCUCACUCUAUAAGGUGACCUGCCUCUCUGGAAAUGCUCUGACAAGGCAUCUGCAUCUGCAUUUGAGUCUUGCUAUAGUUUUAGUUUAGUAACUAAUCUUAUUGAUGCACUGGAUAACUGGACUAUCUUUGGAGCAUUUGCUCUGAGGUCUUUGGAGUCAUUUAGAAUAAAAGUGGAUAAACCUGCUUUUGCACUGGGGAUUUUUACUUGUUUUUUUUUUUGGUUUUUUCCAUUGGGAUUCAUCUUUUGAAGAGCAUGGAAAUGUGUUCUGGAAGGAAUCGGAGGAGUCUUGCUGCUGUUUGCACCAUGUUGAUGUUUGUCGUAUGUUCAGCUGAAGGAGAGGCGUCCAGAGGCUGUUCCCGGCCCUGCUCCUGCCCCCCGUCUCCACCCUCCUGUCCGCUCGGAGUGAGCUGGGUGCCGGACGAGUGCGGCUGCUGUAAGGUGUGCGCCCAGCAGUUCAACCAGGACUGUGGCCCCGACCGACCCUGUGACCACAUCAAGGGCCUGCGCUGCCACCUAGGGGCCGGAGGGGACCCUCGACGGGGGCUCUGCAGAGCUGAGGCUCAGGGCCGUCCGUGUGAGUUUGCCGGUCGAGUGUAUCAGCACGGGGAGGAUUUCCAGCCCGGCUGUCAGCACCAGUGCAGCUGUAUGGAUGGCGUGGUGGGCUGUAUGCCCCUGUGUCCACACAACAUCCCCCUGCCCCGCAGACACUGCUCCAACCCGCGUCUGGAGACGCCGCCGGGGCGCUGCUGUGAGGAGUGGAUGUGUGACGAUGACAACAGCAUCGGGGAAGACCCAGCCGACCCCCGUCCCGAUCACAGCCCGUCCAACCACAUCAGCAAGCUCAUACAGGGCCCUAACAGUGUCCUCACCCGCAGGGGAUCCUCUCAAGAGUGGACGUCUCUGCCGGUGUCUCGGGUUCCCUUCCCAUCAUCCAAAUGUUUCCCACAGACCACGGACUGGUCCGAUUGCUCUGCUUCCUGCGGGUUCGGCGUCUCGAGUCGUGUGACCAACAACAAUGGCCAGUGCAAGCUUGUUCGAGAGACUCGGCUUUGCCAGAUCCGAGAGUGUGACAUCGCUCCAGCUAUGAAGAAAGGAAAGACGUGCAGGAAAGCGGUGAGGUCUCGGGAACCGGAGCGGAUCACGUUCGCCGGCUGCUCCACGGCCCGCCGCUACCGGCCCCGCAGCUGCGGCUCGUGCGUGGACGGCAGGUGCUGUCGGCCCUCCUCGUCCCGCACGGUGCGCCUGCGCUUCCUCUGCCCCGACGGAGAGAGCAUCGCGCGCAACUUCAUGUGGAUCCAGCGCUGCCGCUGCAGCAGGAGCUUCUGUGGGGCUCAGAGAGAGAGAUCCUCGCCCGCCGUCAGCCUUCACAACGACAUACACACCUUCCCUCGCUGAACACACACACACACACACUACACGGCUAAACGCUUCUCACUCUCAGAGGACGUUCCUGAACUGUAGAAUAGUAAACUGUACUAGACUGUAUAUAGUUUUUGCACUUUAUGCGUUCCUCCUUUUCUUUGAGCUGGACUUUUCUCAUGAAAACAGGCCCAGGUCACUCUUCUUGAGGAUCCGUCAAAAGGCAUUGUUAGCUGUCUUUCUGCUUUUAUUUAUUCCGUUAUUUUUAAACCCCAAGUGUUUCUUGUAUCUUGAAGGACAAGCGGUUUAUUUCAGAUGAAUGACUUCCCGUCACUCGAUGGGUAAGAGAAUGCACUAGUGAUGAGGGCGGUGAGAUAUUACCUGGUUAAGGGAGAAAAUCAAGACUUUUUGAAAAAAAAAAAAAAAUAAAUAAAAAAAUUGUCUGGUAAAGUAAAAAUUGUUGUGUUGUUUUCAGAAAAACCAAGUUAAAUUUGAGUGAGCUUUUGCAUCAAACAAUGAUCUGCCAACGAGGGAAGCUGAAUAAUCUUGCAUUUGAAGUAAGAUUAUUUUGCUUACCCCAUUCAUUUUGACUUGUUUUGAAAUUUUUUCUUGAUUUAAGACAAAAAUUGCAGUGUACUCGAAUUUUAAGGUGCACAGAUGUCUUUCGCAAUUUUCAUGAGUUAACGUGUGGAGCGAAGCAGGACAGAGAUGAGUGUGAGCGGACGGCGUUGUCUUUUGUACAGUGUACAGGCUUCACUAUAGGUGGAGUGACUCUUUGAGACUGCUUCAUUUUUCGGGGCAUGCUUUAAAUUCUAGACGCUCUCUUGUAUAGGAGUAAACGACUAUUUGUAUAGUUAAGAUAUUGAAUAUAAAUGACUUUGCUGGUCCGUUUGUGUUACAAAAAAUAAAACAUUUUCAAAAG